GUCGUCUGUCAGCCUGGCCAGCGAAGGGGGAGCAGAAAAAAAAUCGAAGUUUUUCGCGAGAUUGAUAAAACGCUAUUAUGGUGCACGGAUUUCCGCGAGUGAUUAGAGCAAAAUCUGAUUGAUGAUACCUGGCCUUGGUUGAAGCUGCUGUUUGCAACGAAAUAAUUACAUGUCUUAAUUGUGCGUAACGCUACGGUUCGGCUGCGAACAAUCAGUAUUAGAUCCGGAAGAGAGUGCGGAAAAACAAGACUCUGGUGUUUGUUUGGGAGUGGAUUUUUAGCUUUUCUUCGUCGCGAUAAUCGGUGUGAAAAGUGCAUAAGGUGGGGAAAUAAUUUCACUGGAAGGUAGGAUAACUAACGCGGAAGUAGUGAAACGGUCUCCAGAAUGUAUCAAAGCGCCUGCAGUGCCGCUGCCGGUGGCUGCUCGGAACCGGAACGAACCGAUCGGGAUGGACUGAUAACGCAUGAAUCGGCGGUGGCCCCGGUGGAACAUGACUACAGUGGGUUCGAUAUUGUGAAAGCAACGCAGUAUGGUGCAAUCGGCAGAGUGAAGGAACUGAUCGAAGCAGGGUGGGAUGUGAACCAACCGGACAGUGAAACGGUGACACUGCUGCACUGGGCAGCUAUCAACAACCGAAGGGACAUUAUCAAAUAUUUCCUAGACAAAGGGGCAAUUGUGGAUGCGAUAGGCGGAGAACUAAAUGCCACUCCAUUGCAUUGGGCGACGAGACAGGGUCACCUAGGAGCAGUCGUGCUGCUGUUGGCAGCUGGAGCUGAUCCGAGUUUACGAGAUGCGGAAGGUUGUUCGUGCAUCCAUUUGGCAGCACAAUUUGGUCACACUGCACUGGUUGCGUACUUCAUUGCUCGGGGAGUGAAUCCGGAUCUUCAGGAUCGAGGUGGAAUGACUGCCCUUAUGUGGGCUGCCUGGAAGGUUUGCGCCUUGGAUCCUGUUCGGUUACUGCUUACUCUUGGGGCAAAUCCUAGCUUAGCGGAUCACACGCACGGAAACACUGCUCUCCAUUGGGCUAUUCUUGCACGCAAUGCUACCGCCGUCAGUACCUUGAUCAUGAAGGGCAAAGCGAGCCUAGAGGUUCCCAAUCUACGAGGGGACACUCCGCUUACGAUGCUACAACCGCACCUGGGAUCCAUCUGGAUCGGAUCGAAAGUGUCGGAAAAAGUCCGCGACCUGACGCAGCAAUCGCAGAGACGCAAUCUGAUAGUUCGGUUUACCCUGGACAAACGCUUCCGCUGGUGGAGUAUGAUUGCUACUCCGUUUCUGGUCUUCUAUCUGGCUGGGCUGAUUUUCUGCGCCGAGACCUUGAUCAUCAUCAAAAUAUUCCUUCUCGGUUGUCUGUACGCCCUGUCCCACACGAUUGGACAGACGCUGUUCGACGAAACGCUGAUGGCACUGCUUCCCCUCAGCGUCUACAUGGCUACCAAGGCGUGGUUCUACGUGACCUGGUUGACGUACAUCGCACCGACGGUGUCCUUUCUGGCUUCGGUUUCGUUCCUGACGAGCAGCGCUGGGCUGUGGGUGUGCUUUCUGAAAUCGUGGCGAGGCGACCCGGGCGUCAUCCAACCGACCCAGGAGGAGAGAUUUAGGACCAUCAUCGAGCUCUCGGAACGCGGUGGUGGAGGCUUUGAACCGACCGCUUUCUGCUCGGCCUGCUUGGUCCGGCGUCCGGUCCGAUCGAAGCACUGUUCCGUGUGCGAUCGGUGCGUAGCCCGUUUCGACCAUCACUGCCCGUGGGUUGGAAACUGUAUCGGUGCAAAAAAUCACAAAUACUUUAUGGGAUUCCUCUGGAUGCUGAUGGUCAUGUGCGGUUGGAUGUUGUACGGGGGAGCAAAUUUCUAUGUGCAGGCUUGCAACGUCAACAUGGAUGAAGUAUUAUCAGGUCUCUGGAAUGCCAUCGUUGCCAUCGGUUCCUGUAAUCCGUGGGUCGGCUGGGUGAUGGCCAAUGCGCUGCUUCACAUGUCCUGGGUAACGGUCCUAACGAUUUGCCAGACCUACCAGGUCGUGUGCCUGGGAAUGACAACGAACGAGCGAAUGAACCGAGGUCGCUAUAAGCACUUCCAGGCCAAGGGUGGCAAGAGUCCCUUCACCCGGGGUCCUAUCAAAAAUCUGUUCGACUUUAUGGAAUGCGGCUGUUUCGGAAUUGUUCAACCGUUGAAAACGGAUUGGAUGCAAUACUUUGACUUCGAUAAGCACGUGGAACAUGAACCACUGCUGCGGCCGGAUAACUUUCAGUACGUCUGAAGACAGCGAACGGAAACUACGGCGGGAAAAGCUGAUAUCGAAGAAAAAGCAGAAGGUAAGAAAACCGCAACUGGAACUGGAAUUGGAGUCGGAUCUGAAACGACAGGUAAUCGAGAGGAUGCUCCAGAACGGUUUGAAGAGCAAAUUGAUCUAACGACGGUUGCUGUCGUUACUGAGAUAGCUAUGGUUUAAAGGUGUGUGCCAGGUCGGCCCUUGCUGUUUGUUUUACUUUAACGGUUGCUUCUCGCUGCUAGUUUUGUCUUAUUUAUUAUUUCAGGGUGUGAUUUUACUUAUCACAGCAAACGGAAGAACAAAGAAAGGCUUUAGCUAGGCGUGGUAAGGUAUGUUUAAUUGAGUGUGCUUAAAGUGUGUAGAAACCUGCGGUGGAAAUUGAUUCAACAACAAUGUGAAGAAAAGACACAACAAGUAUAUAUAUAAUAUGAAUUAUAUAUAUUUGGUAUAUAUCACAGAUGGAUAGUGCAGAUGUUUAAGCAAUAGACUAAUAAAAUUUAGCACAUUAGAUAGAAUGUAAAUGUUUUUCCAAAAAGUAGUUUUAAUCAAAGUAUGAACGUACUCGUUUUCAUUUUCUUUUUCCAUAGUCAUUAUAGUUCUAUCCAUCAAAUGUACAUUCGUUUGUAGAGGCAGAGAAAGCUCAAAUGCCUUUCCAACUGUGUAAAGACACCAACCUGAAUAUAUAGCGCAAUACAUUGUGGAAAUGCUUGAAUUAGCCUUAGCGACAGUCAAUUGACUUAACAUUUUUGUUUUUGAGCUACUGAAUUACGCCUUUGUCCAAAUUUUUAGUUCUUUUACAAUAGACUGAUAGUCGGGUCAGUUUCGCUAACAUUUCACCAUUUCAGUGAAUUUUGUGUGUGAUUGAAACAAUUUCCUUGAACACCACCUUGCACCGCUAACGGAAGAAGAAAUGAUUAGUAAGUAAGUGUUUAAAACAUACAUCUAUCCAUAGAAUGUAAGGGCAUACAUAAUGUUGCUGUACCUAACUCGUAAGACAUAUUGUGCUGUUAAACAGAAAGCUAACAUGUUUACUCCAUGAAUCCGGAAUAAAAAGCAAACAAACGGGAAAUCCAACUCUUCCUCGUCGUAGUUCUUUAGAAGAAUAGAAAAGACCGAUAGCACAGUGAUCGCUGCAAACUUCAAUACGUAUUAACUAAUGCUGCAAUUUGUCCAUGUUUGAACGUGAGAAAUAGUGAAACGACACGAACACUGUUUAAUUGAUUCCACACAGAACGCAGAGCAAAGCGAAAUCGGUGCCGUUCGACAAUCAAUAGACUGGCUUUAGGUUUUGAAAAUUUCAACACCAUUGCUUCUGAACUUUCUGCGCUUGAGGCCUCUGGUAAAAAAUAUAUAAACAGUCCAAUACCAAAUUCAUCGAAAUUAUUAAUUCACAUUGCAUUUACGAUUCGCCGAGAAAACAAAAACGAACAGAAAAGCCUAUUUGUCCAACGUUACACAGUCUAGUCAUGUAUGUAAGUUUUACACAGUAGAACCGGGUGUGAGUUAUAUGGAUUGAUCAAAUAUCAGAACUUUGCAGAAACUUUAAACAGAAUGGAAAAUAAAUAGUUCAGAUUUGUUGCUAGUUUAUAAUGCUGAAAUAUCACCACAGUAGAUCGUGAAGAUCCCCACCCAGAUUUUUCCCCUAUUAAUGACCGAUAAGAUAAAAAAAAUCACACAUUUUUCGAGAAGCAAACUUUGUAAAGUAUAAAACUGUAAAGUGUAUCAAAAAUAGCCAAAACAAAAGGCAACAUUAAAUCGAACUAAACGACACCAUUUAACGAAAUCUGCAGCACUCGAUAGGAAAAGGUUAUAACAUUUAUCCACGAAUAAAAGAAAACAUUAUUUGUACCCCCAGUAUGUACAUGUAAAAAUCAUAGAGUAAAAAUCCCGACUGCAAGUCCACAAUUUGACCUAAUUAUAUCGAACGUAAAUUCAUUACACAGAGAAGAAAAAAUAUAUAAAUACAAAGUUCUACACUUCUAUCCGCACAUUGAUUGCACACGCGUAUGUGUAUAAGUUAAAUAAACAUAAAAA